CUUUGAAUGUUUGUGACCGUGGGUUAGCAAGCGUAAGCUUGGGAUAUAAACAAAUAUUCAUUUCACAAAAGUUACGAGGCAAUAAUACGCCUAACCAAUACAAACUUUAGGUGUUAGUGGAAUCAUCCAACGAUUUUGUAACUGCAAACAUAUCGUGUAAAGCGGUUUGCUAUCGAUUGAAUAGCAUAAAUUGCAUCCAACUGCUCAAAAUGGACGCUUUGGACGCGGGAGAAAUCCUCAGCCAUUUGAAUCAUUUGGGGUAUCGCAACAUAACUGUGGUACAGUUGAAAGAAUUUCAAAAAGAUUUGAAGAAACUCAUCCGGUACGAUGCAAAACAGUGCGUAGAAAAUGAUGGCAGUUUGAAUGAUAACGCAGCACCGGGCAACGUAUUCGAUAGGUUACACACAGAAACAACGGCAAGCUAUCAAGCAAAACAUACACGAUCAAAACAUACCGAGUCAGCUGCCCCAGUGGACAAGGAAAACGUUACGCCAACUCAUAAAACCACUUCUUGUAAAAACAAUCAACCAGUCAGCAAGAUGUGGAUAAGACCGAAAAGUAGUCAAUCUGUGAGACGAAGUGACCCCGUUGCGCUGUACCAUUCAUAUAAGAAGGAAUGGAACAAAUUCAAACAGAAAUUACCGGGCGAAAACGAUCAUUCCGAAUUGCGCUGGAAAAUCAGGAACAAGUUGCUUGGGGAACAAUAGACGGUACGACAGAAA